AGGAGGUUGCCUGCCUUCUCUUUAGGUUUGGUAUAAAAGAAAGACUGAGAGGAGGGUUUAUUAAGUGAUGAUCCCUCCCCCAACACUAACCUCAGCCUAGCUUAUAAAAAAGAGCCUAGACUUCCUCUUCAGAUAAGACACGGCUGAUCUUAGAUUUUCUCUUCAGAUCAGACACGGCUGAUUAUUCCCAUUAAGAUCACUAGCUAUGGAGAUGGAUAUUGUCUACUCAGCUCUCAAUCUCGGACCUGGCGUGCAAACAGCCUCACCACCUCCAAGGCCUCCCAAGAAGGAGACCCCGAAGACACCACGUUCCUUCAGGUGGGCUGCAGCAGCCUUUGCAGUGCUGUGGAUCCUGACAACGAUCAUCACACUCAGUGUCAUCUUUUUCAGAAAUUCUCAGUCUUCAAGCCUCUUUGAGAAGUAUUCAAAGCUGCAGAAUCAACAGAAAGAAAUGGACAAAACCUUCUCUGCUUUACAGAAGAACUAUAAGAACGUGAAUGAAAGUGGGAUCCUUGUGUGGAAAUGGAUUAGGAGCGCUUCAGUUGACGUGACUCUGGAUGUUGAUACAGCAAACCCAUGGCUCAUCCUAUCUGAGGACAGGAAAGAAGUAAAAGAUGGAAACACACGACAUGAUCUCCCUGACAGUCCAAAGAGAUUUGAUCGUGUUGUCAGUGUCCUGGGCAAGCAGGGGUUCACCUCAGGGAGACACUACUGGCAAGUGGAGGUGGGGGAGAAGACUCAGUGGACUUUAGGAGUGGCCAAAGAAUCCAUCAACAGGACAGGGAUGAUUAUAGUGAGCCCUGAGAAUGGUUACUGGACUGUGUGGCUUAGAAUUUCAAGUGGGUUCAGAGCUCUUACGAACACCCCAACUCCUCUCCCUCUGAGUUUGAAGCCUCGGAAACUGGGGGUAUAUCUGGAUUAUGAGGAAGGUCAGGUGUCAUUUUACAAUGUGGAGACCAGAUCUCACAUCUUCACUUUCAAUGACACCUUCACUGAGAAAAUCUACCCAUUUUUCAGUCCGGGUCUCUUUGAGCAGAAAAAUGAAGCCCCAUUGAUCAUCUAUCCUGUCAGUGAUCGAGACUGAAUACGGUCCCUUGGAAUAAUGAUGUUUUGAGUGGUUGUUUUUCUUUAAAUGUGUUUUUUUUACCUUCUUACCUGUAUCACUUUCAGUGACUGUGAUUCUCUAAGGUGACUUCAGUCAAAUAUGUAUUACUUUGGACAUGUUUAACUGGUUUCAAUGUCAUUCAAAGUUUUUUUUAAA